CGGGGGGGGGGGACGGGACCGGGGGAACAGCGGGGCCGCCCCCGCAGCGCGGGGGGAGCGGGGCUGCGGCGGGCGGGAGCUCCGGGUGAAGCCGCGACCCAGGCACGCCGUGACAGCGGGUGAGGAUCGAGCCUGGUGCGUGUCGUGACAGCGGGUGGCCGAAGCCGCCCCGUGGUUUGUGCUGUGACAUUGGGUGACCAGAGCCACCCCACGCUGUGACACGAGGUGACCAGAGCCACCCCACGCUGUGACAUUGGGUGACCAGAGCCACCCCACGCUGUGACACGAGGUGACCAGAGCCACCCCACGCUGUGACAUUGGGUGACCAGAGCCACCCCACGCUGUGACACGAGGUGACCAGAGCCACCCCACGCUGUGACAUUGGGUGACCAGAGCCACCCCACGCUGUGACACCGGGUGAGGACCGAGCCUGGCGCGUGCCGUGACACCGGGUGAACCAAAGCCACCCUGCGCCGUGAGACCAGGUGAGAGCAGCGAGCCCAGCGCAUGCCGUGACACCGGGUGUCCAAAGCCACCCCGUGCUGCAACACCGAGUGACCGAGCCAGCCGGUGCCGUGACACCGGGCGAGCAGCUAGCCGUGACACUGAGUGGCCAAAGCCACCCCGCAGCACAUGCUGUGACACCGGGUGACAAAGCCACCCUGCGCCGUGACACCGGGUGACCAAACCACUCUGUGCUGUGACACCAGGCAAGCAGCUAGCCUGGCACGUGCUGUGACAGCGGGUGACCGAGCCACCCUGCACUGUGACGCCGGGUGAGCAGCGAGCCCGGUGCAUGCCGUGACACCGGGUGACCGAAGCCACCCCGUGCGAGCCAACCCCGUGCUCCCAGCCCACCGUGCCGGGGGUCGCAGGCAUGCCGGUGCGCCGUCCCCAGCCCCCGUGUGACGCUGCAGGGCAGAGCGUAGCCAUGGGGGGCUCCGGGGGGCUGGGAGCCCCUCUGCCAGUAAUGCCACUGCUGCUGACCCUGGCGCUGCUGUCACCGUGGGGGUCUGCGGGCGGGAGUUGCCCCCCGCGCUGCGUCUGCGCCUCCAACAUCCUGAGCUGCUCGCAGGCGGUGCUGAGCUCGGUGCCAUCCCCCCUGCCCCGCUUCACCGCCGUCCUCGACCUCAGCCACAACAACGUGAGCCGGCUGCGCGCCGACUGGGCGCCGGGGCGGCUGGCCCACCUCCACGCCUUGCUGCUCAGCCACAACGGGCUCUCCUUUGUCUCCACCGAAGCCUUCGCCCACGUACCCCACCUGCGGCACCUGGACCUCUCCUCUAACCGCCUCCGGGCGCUGGAGGAGAACCUCUUCAGCGACCUGGUCGAGCUGGAGGUCCUCCUCCUCUACAACAACGAGAUCUCCGCCGUGGAUCGCACCGCCUUCGAUAACCUCAGCCGUCUCCGUAAGCUUUACCUAGGGCAAAACCGCAUCGCCCGCUUCCCGCUGGAGCUGCUGCGCGACGGCAGCCGCCUGCCCCAGCUGGCCCUGCUCGACCUCUCGGCCAACCGCCUCCGCAGCUUGCCCGUGGGCGAGCUGCAGGCGCUGCCCGCCUGGCUGCGCGACCGCCUCUACCUGCACAGCAACCCGCUGGCCUGCGACUGCCCGCUCUUCCAGCUGGUUGCCCGCGGCCGGCGCCGCCGGUUGAGCGCCGUGAUGGAUUUCCAAGAGGAGCUGCGGUGCGUGCUGCCCACCGCCCCGGCGCCCGUCGGUAUCCUCGCCCUGGCCGGCCGGCAGCCGCUCAACUGCAGCGAGGCACGGGAAGCGGUGCUGGAAGCUCACCUGGGUGACACCGUCACCCUCAGCUGCGACACCCGGUUGCGGGGGGUACGUAGCCGGCACUGGGUGACGCCGGGAGGUGAACGGGUGUUGGAGGAAGGGGGUAACGGCAGCGCCGCUCUCCUGGCGAAUGGCAGCCUGCAGCUGCGGGCGCUGCGCCCCGAGGACGCCGGCACCUACGCCUGUUGGGUGGCAGGUCCCCUCCUCAACGAGACCCUUUACGUGGAGCUGCUGGUGCACAACUUCACCCUGCAUGGUCCCCAUGACACCCUCAACACUGCCUACACCACGCUGGUGGGCUGCAUCCUCAGCGUGGUGCUGGUGCUCAUCUACCUGUACCUCACCCCUUGCCGCUGCUGCUGCUGCCGGGGCGCCGACAAGCCGCCGGCACCCCGCGACGACAGCAUCAACUCCUCUGUCCUCAGCGCCACCCCCAACCACGCCGCCGGUGUCCCUGGGGAGCCUUGCCAGUCCCGCUCGGCCUCCGCUGCCGGCCCAGGGCAGAACGGCAGGUUCAAGGUCGGCGGGACCCCCCAGCCGCCCCCCCGGCACGGCCCCAAGGCGCAGAGGAAGGUGUCGGAUCCAGACUCAGUCAGCUCUGUCUUCUCUGACACCCCCAUCGUGGUGUAGGGUGGUGGGGGAACUUCGUGGGGUCCCCAGGGACACCUGGACCCUCACCACCACGCCCCCAGGUUUGUGGGGGGGACACAUGCCAUUGCCCUCCCCCCGCAUCGCUGCUGCCCACCCACACCAUCCUCCACCAAGGUCACCACCACCACGCCGGUGCCACGGGACUGUGAGGGACAAGGGGUCUCCCGUGGGGACAAUGUGGCCACAGAGCCGGAGGGGCACCGGCCCCAUUGCCCCCCAGGCACAGCAGGACUGCGGGUGACAGUGCCAGCACCAGCUCGGCAGGUGCCCCCUGGGGAUGGUGGCACCGGGAGCUGGGCCCUGGGGGUCCCAGUUUUAGAGGGCAGCCCCCCCUUCUUCCCUGCAGCACCCUGUCCCCCCCACUGUGCCCUCCCCGGCAUGUGUAUCGCGAAGCAUGAGUCCCGCCGGGGGAGCAUGUGCCACCCCAGCCAGCGCUCGGCGGGGGGGGGGACAUGAGGGGCAUGUCACCCCCCGGGGACCCACAGGGUGCAACCCCCGCCCAACACCCCCCAUGCAACCCACAGCCACAACCAGAGCCCCUCCGCCCUGCAGGGAGUGGGACUCCGGGGGCUCUAACACCCCAAAUGGGGUACCCCCCACAGCCCAGCCUGUGACCCCCAUGUCCCCUGCCCCAGGCUGUGUGUCCCCCCUCCCCGCCCCGCUGGCAGCUGCCCACUGAUGGCUUGGCCAAAAUAAAUGUGUUUCCCCCUCGUG